AUGCCAAUCUGGUAUGACCGGAAGGGCCUGCCACCUACCGCGCCAGAAGACACUGCCUCUGUCGAGGAGUCUGUCCGCAUUCUUGUCAAGUUGCUCGAUAAGGUCAGGGCGGAUGGUGUUCCGGCAAACCGCAUCGUGGUCGGAGGCUUCUCCAUGGGAGGCGGCAUCGCCCUCCAGCUUGCUCUGCGGCAUCCGACAAAGAUUGCUGCUGCUUUCGUGCUGUCAUCCUUCAUGUGUGAUGAUGCAGCUGCCUACGCACUGCUUCAGACUCCACCAUCGGUGGAUGUUCCCAUCUUGAUGAUGCAUGGCGAGGCUGAUUGGUUCAUUCGGCCAGUCUGGGGCAGGGCCACGGCGACGCGCUUGAAAGAUGCGGGGUUGAACGUCGACUUCGUUUCCAUCCCGGGCUUACGUCACGAGAUCAGCCGCAAGGAGAUUGCCCUUCUGCGAAAUUGGCUCUGGAAUCUGCUCAAGCUGUGA